CCUGAUAGCGUUACCUAAUAUUCUCCUUUUAUUUAUUUUUUGAAUUUGAAUUCAUUAUUUCCAGGGUUGAGAAAAUACAUUUUGAUAAUAUUGAUUUCGGAAUUUGAGAGGGAAAAAUGGCGAAGGGGCAAAAUCUGUCUGCGGACGUGACUCAGUUAAUCGAUCAGUUGGACCGCCACUGCUUGGCCCCUGAUGGAUCUCUAGUCUCCAAAUCUGCCUAUUACGAUCUCCAACUAGCUAGAGAGGAAAUGUCCAGAGAAAGACUUCGCUACUUGGAAGCAAUGGCAAUAUACUGUGAGGCUAUUGCCUUGGUUGAAGAAUAUCAGCAGGUUGUUACAGUAGCAAACCUUGGAGGUAUUAGAGAUGUCCAGGGUCUGUACCCACUAUUGGGUUUGAAGAACUCUCCUCAGGUUUACGAGGCUCUUGAGCACCGGCUAGUUGUUGCAGAAGCAGCUCAAAAAUUGAGGCUCCCUUUGAUUUCCAAAGACGGUGAGAUUCACGAGGAAGAAAUUGAAAAGUGGAGUAUAAUGUCAAGAAGCUCUCUUGAUAGUAUGAGUACAAGUGUCACCAUUAGCUCAAGCUCAAAUUCAACAAAUUAUACAAAUAUCUUUAUAACUAGUGCUGGUGGUGCAGCAAAUAAUGCUCUUACCAGCAACACUACUGAUACAGAGGAACCUGGAGUUGGUGGUGUUCCUAAUAGAUUCCUUGGAAUAACACCUGCUUAUUUAUGGCAAACUCAGCUCCAACAAGCACCAUUAUCCAUGGACAUGGCAGAGUACCAGAUGUCGCUUUUAUGCGAGAUUGAGGGUCGUUUAAAAUCCAAGUGUGAUAAAUUAGCAGAUGCCUUCGUAAUAGAUGACAUGGACUCUUCAACUGGUAGUCAAAAUUCAAAUGCUCGGCUUCUAGAAAGGGCAAAGUUAGUUAUUGAGGAGAUCGAGAGGGAAGAGGCAUGUUUACAGGAGGAUCUAUAUUCUGCAGAUAGAAAAUUGGCAGAAUAUUUCAAUGUCUUAGAGCAGAUACUUGGAGUGCUUAUCAAACUGGUUAAAGAUUUGAAGCUGCAACAUCAACAUAAAUAUGAUGAACUGCAAAAAACUUGGCUGUGCAAAAGGUGUGAAACCAUGAAUGCGAAAUUGAGGGUUCUUGAACAUAUUCUCCUUCUUGAGACGUAUACUCAGGACUCAAUUCCAGCACUCCAUAAAAUAAGGAAAUAUCUGGUUGAAGCUACGGAAGAAGCUUCACUAGCAUACAAUAAAGCAGUAUGUUUCUCUAUUAUGGUCACGCGCCUUCGUGAGUAUCAAGGUGUUGAUCCUCACUUCGAUACGAUUGCCAGGCAGUACCAUGAUAUAGUAAAGAAACUGGAAAACAUGCAAUGGACAAUUCGCCAAGUCGAGAUGGACCUGAAACGCUUACCAGAUCACCCCAGCACCUAAUAUAUACAUACAUAUAUAUAUAUUCAUUUUGUUUUGUAAUUGAAAUUGUUUUCAUCUUCAGUUGUGUUUUUGGUCAAAGCACCUAUCUGAUUUCUUUUCCUGUUUUGUGUAACACCAUAGUAUGUGAUAUUUUUUAAAAGGAUGAUUUUUUGUGGUUGCUAGAAA